AUGCACAGCCACAACAUUACCGAGACGCUUCUUGCGCGUAUGGGUGAUCGUGUGCACAUCCACAUAUUUGACUCAGCUGUACCGCCGCCGGAGAAGCGCAACGAGAACAUCACGUACAUCAGUGGUGACGUGAAAGUUAUUGGACAUCUGGAGAGAGCCUUCAACUCCGUCAACGGCCACCUGGCUACUGUCUUUCAUCU